CUUAGUACUCUUGGGGACUAUCCAGGUCAAAUUGCUGUGAAAUCAUGGUGAAGCACUGGAGUUUCACCUGUUUAGUGGCACUAGUAUUGCUAGGAUGCUCAGUUAGAUCCCAAGCUCAAGAAAAAGACCUUUCUCCACGGACCCACCAUCAUCGACGUCAUCAUCAUCAUUCUCGAGGUUCUCAUUCUCGAAGUUCUCGUUCUCGAGGUUCUCAUCAUCGACAUUCUCCACAUCCACAUGGACCAUGGAGCCCUCCACAUCCACAUCAACAUCCACAAUGGAUCCCUAAAAAUCAACCACCACCAUGGAACCUUCAGUUUGAUCCAAUGCCGCAGGUUCAACCAGCUUUACAAAAAGUUCAGAAAACGCAGGUGCCGCAGACACCUACAGUUUACAAACCAAGUGUGGCAAAGCAGCCUGUAGCACAGAGUUGUGUCGUUGCAGAAAACGUGAGAAUCCCAUGUGGAAGUUCUGAUAUCUCUGCCGCUGGAUGUCAAGAUAUAAACUGCUGCUUUGAUCGACGACAGUGUUACUAUGGAAAGGCAGUGACUGUCCAGUGCACCAAGGAUGCCCAGUUCAUCGUGGUUGUGGCCAAAGAUGCCACUCUGCCCAACAUUGACCUCGAGUCAAUCUCACUGUUGGGACAAGGGCAAGGCUGUACACAUGUUGAUUCUAAUUCAGACUUUGCCAUCUACAACUUUCCUGUUUCUACCUGUGGCUCUGUUGUUAUGGAAGAGACUGGUGUUAUAAUCUAUGAGAACAGGAUGUCUUCCUCAUUUGAAGUGGGAGUUGGGGAUCGUGGAGCCAUUACCAGGGACAGCCACUAUGAAUUGCUUUUCCAGUGCAGGUACAUCGGUACUUCUGUUGAGACUUUGGUUAUAGAAGUAUUAGAUAUUGUAAACCCUCCCCUACCAGUCGCUGCCCAGGGACCCAUCAGUGUACACCUGAGGUUGGCUAAUGGCGAAUGCAAUACAAAGGGUUGUAAUGAAGUGGAUGUGGCCUAUACAUCAUUUUACACGAACACAGACUAUCCUGUGACCAAAGUACUGAGGGACCCUGUGUAUGUGGAGGUUCAACUCCUGGAAAAAACGGAUCCCAACCUCGUCCUGACUCUUGGUCGCUGUUGGACAACUACAAGCCCUAACCCUCACAGUCUGCCUCAGUGGGACAUUCUGAUAGACGGGUGUCCAUACAGGGAUGAUCGCUACCUGUCCGAACUGGUUCCGGUCGGGCCGUCAUCUGGUCUAGAGUGUCCAAGUCACUUCAGGCGUUUCAUUCUCAAAAUGUUUACCUUUGUCAACCCUAAUUCAAUGGAACCCCUGAGUGAACAGGUGUUCAUUCACUGCAGCACAGCCGUGUGCACUAGUGGAGCGGGUCACUCCUGUGAACCAUCAUGCUUCAGAAAAAGGAGAGACGUUCCGGCUGCGGACAAGAGCAAGUCUCAGUCAAAGGUCGUGGUUUCUGUUGGACCAGUGAUCAUGGGCGCCCCUCAGCAGUAAACAAAACAGUUUCAAGCUCGAGAAUCAGCCUGAAAACAUGUAUUAAAAGAUUUGAAACAAAAA